AAAUUAAAAGGCCAUUCACCCUAAUCGGUUUUAACUUCUGUUGACAUCAAACUUUUAUUAAACAUUCAUCACACCAUUAUAGUAAAGAGGAAAGAACGACAUAAAAAGAGCAGUUGCGAAAUUGUAAAUGCAAAUAAGGCAAUAGUUGAGAGUACGGUAGUCGCAAUGCUAAUGGGCGCGUUUACAUUGAGAGGCGAAACAUAAAACCUGAAUAGUUUAAUGAGUUUUUCUAGCUUUUUUAUACCCAAAGCGUGGUUUUUGACGCUUCAAUUGGAGAUUAUAAAAUAUACAAGUGUUCAUUGAACUUGAUUUAAUUAUGGCUGAUAAGAAUUGAAUAUGUCGCGUUAUACAUUAGCGUUUUGUGGUCAGUCUCUCUUUUUUUUCUACUAUAGAGGGGUCGUGUAUUUAGUUUUAAUUCAUGUUUCGUUAGAUACAGAAUAUUUGAAAGUAGAAAUAUAUAGAGAAUAUGCUCUUAAUAGCUACAUGAUGACGGUAGUAGAUUUACGUUAGAAGGAGGAUUUUGAAAAACUUAGAGCAAUUGGAUGUAAAGUUAGCCAUGUGAAUUCUACUUGUGUCAAUAUAUUUGUGACACCACGUUCAGCCCCCCCUUU